GCGCGUCCCGGGGCCGCCCCGCGCGGGCAGGACGCGCGUGGGGGCCGAGGCGCGAGUGCAGGCGGCCGCGGCGCGCAGCGCGCCGUGACGAGCGGGUGGAGGGCACACGGUCGGCGCCGAGCCCGCACGGCCACGGGGGGCCCCGGGCGGGGGCCGCCGGAGGAGUCCGACCUCCCGCCCGGCCGGGCCGCUCGGUGACCCUCUAGCCUUGCUUUGAAAAAGCCAUUUUGUGUAACUCUUGACGUGAAUGCAUUGCUAACACACCCGUUGGGAUCACUACUGGAAAGGCAUGUCACUCCAGAGGUCUUUUGCUUGACCCAGUACCCGGCAUUCGAAAGAGACGUCUUUUCCUCGCUUGUUGUUCCCCCAUCAUUAUGAGCACUGGCUUUUCACCCUUGAAGUAACAAUGUUGAAAGCUGAGUCUUCAGGGGAACGAAGCACUCUCAGAAGUGCAUCUCCUCACAGAAACGCAUACAGAACAGAGUUCCAGGCACUGAAGAGUACUUUUGACAAACCCAAGUCCGAUGGGGAGCAGAAGACAAGAGAGGGUGAGGGCUCCCAGCAGAGCAGGGGUAGGAAAUAUGGCUCCAAUGUCAACAGGAUUAAAAAUCUAUUUAUGCAGAUGGGUAUGGAACCCAACGAGAAUGCUGCUGUCCUUGCCAAAACCAGGGGCAAAGGUAGGCCUACGUCCCCCCAGAGAAGAAUGAAGCCCAAAGAGUUUGUGGAGAAAACAGAUGGCUCAGUGGUUAAGUUGGAGUCCUCUGUUUCCGAACGAAUUAGUAGAUUUGACACAAUGCACGAUGGCCCUUCGUACGCUAAGUUCACAGAGACGCGGAAAAUGUUUGAGAGAAGUGUGCAUGAAUCAGGGCACAAUAAUCGCUACUCCCCAAAGAAAGAGAAAGCCGGAGGCACUGAAGCACUGGAUGAGUGGGGGGUUUCCAAGUCCAACCGAGGCAGCAGCGAUUCCUUGGACAGCCUGAGCCCCCGCACUGAAGCGGUGUCCCCGACAGUGAGCCAGCUGAGUGCGGUGUUCGAGAGCACCGAGUCUCCGAGUGCCGUGGCUUCUGAGAAGACUGAGGGUAGUGAGUACUCGGUGACUGGACAUUACCCUCUGACUCUGCCCUCUGUUACCAUUACCAAUCUGGAUACCUUCGGCCACCUCAAGGAUUCUAAUUCAAGAUCUUCUUCAAGCAAGCAAGGUGUGGAGACCGAGGAUCCUCAGAAAACCCCUGCAGCUGCAGAAGUGGCUCGGAAAGCCGCCUCUCUAGCUUCACUGCCUAGUGAGGAGACAGAGCUGAGCAAGGGAGCGGAGGACGUCACAUCUCCCCAGGAGACUCUGGCCAGCACUGACACAGAUAUCCCUGAGGAGCCCUCUGCCGAUCACCUCCCAGCACAGAACGAAGCCUCAGAAGAUGCCGAAGCUGAUGUGGUUGGGAGUGAGACAGUACAGCCACAGAAGAAAGACCUGGCAGGAGGUGAUGUCACCUCGCCGGAUGCUUCUGCAUCCAGCUGUGGAAGAGAAGUGCUUGAAGACUCGAAUAAUUAUGAGAGUUCCCAUGUGUACAUGCAGAGUGACUAUAACGUGUAUAGGGUGAGAUCCAGGUACAACUCGGACUGGGGGGAGACGGGCACUGAGCAGGACGAGGAGGACGACAGCGACGAGAACAAUGACUACGAGCCCGAUAUGGAGUACUCGGAGAUCGUCGGGUUGCCGGAAGAGGAAGAAAUCCCAGCAAAUAGGAAAAUUAAGUUUAGUUGUGCUCCGAUUAAGGUGUUUAACACGUACUCCAAUGAAGAUUAUGACAGGAGAAAUGACGAAGUCGACCCUGUGGCUGCCUCUGCUGAGUAUGAGCUUGAGAAGCGAGUGGAAAAGCUGGAACUUUUCCCCGUGGAACUGGAGAAAGAUGAGGAUGGGCUUGGCAUAAGCAUCAUUGGAAUGGGUGUUGGCGCUGAUGCAGGACUAGAGAAGCUGGGGAUAUUUGUCAAGACAGUGACAGAUGGCGGUGCUGCUCAGCGGGAUGGCAGGAUCCAAGUCAAUGACCAGAUUGUGGAAGUAGAUGGAAUCAGCCUGGUGGGGGUCACACAGAAUUUUGCAGCAACUGUUCUGCGAAAUACCAAGGGCAACGUCAGGUUUGUGAUUGGGCGAGAAAAACCAGGACAAGUGAGUGAGGUUGCCCAGUUGAUAAGCCAGACCCUGGAGCAGGAGCGGCGCCAGAGGGAACUGCUAGAACGCCACUAUGCGCAGUAUGAUGCGGAUGAUGAUGAGAGCACUGUGGCUGAAUUGCAAGGAAUGUCUGGCAACUGCAAUAACAAUAACAACCAUUUCCUUAAGACUGGAGAAUAUGCUACUGAUGAGGAGGAGGAGGAGGUCGGGCCCACUCUUCCUGGUGGUGACAUGGCCAUUGAAGUCUUUGAGCUCCCGGAGAAUGAGGACAUGUUCUCCCCAUCAGACCUGGACACGAACAAGCUCAGUCACAAGUUCAAAGAGUUGCAAAUCAAACAUGCAGUUACAGAAGCAGAGAUUCAAAAAUUGAAGACCAAGCUGCAAGCAGCAGAAAAUGAGAAAGUAAGGUGGGAACUAGAAAAGAACCAACUUCAACAGAAUAUUGAAGAGAAUAAGGAGAGAAUGCUGAAGCUGGAGACCUACUGGAUCGAGGCCCAGACGCUGUGCCACACUGUGAAUGAGCAUCUCAAAGAGACUCAAAGCCAGUAUCAGGCCUUGGAAAAGAAGUACAACAAAGCAAAGAAGUUGAUCAAGGAUUUUCAACAAAAAGAGCUCGACUUCAUCAAGAGACAGGAAGUAGAAAGGAAGAAGCUGGAAGAGGUGGAAAAGGCUCACCUGGUGGAAGUGCAAGGCCUGCAAGUCCGGAUUAGAGAUCUGGAGGCUGAAGUGUUCAGGCUGCUGAAGCAGAGUGGGACUCAGGUGAACAACAACAACAACAUCUUUGAGAGGAGAACGUCUCCGGGUGAGGGCUCCAAAGCAGACACAGUGGAGAACAUGGAAGUCAGACAAAUGUCCUGCCAGGAUGGCUUGAGUCAAGACUUGAAUGAAGCCGUCCCAGAGACAGAGCGCCUGGAUUCAAAAGCACUGAAAACUCGGGCCCAGCUCUCUGUGAAGAACAGGCGCCAGAGGCCCACGAGGACACGGCUCUAUGACAGUGUCAGCUCUACGGAUGGAGAGGACAGCCUGGAACGGAAGGAUUGGAGAGUUUCUUCUCCAGAAUCAGAUUCUGGUGUCGCACUCCUCACCCCUGUGGCUAGCCAUGGGGCCUUCUCAUCGCACCACGUGACUGAGUCUCAAGAAGGAUUACGGCUUCCAGAAAGGGACACUUUGUCCUCCGUCUCGGGAGACACUUCACCUUCGUCGCCUUCAAAAUCUGAUCAUGAUACAGAAGACGCUUCCUGCCACCGCCAAGCAACCAAGAAAACCUUACAUGAAAAAGACGGUGCCAAUUGUCCUAAAUCACUAAGAACAUCCAGUUCAUUCAUGGUACAAGGAGGAAAAAUUAAGCUGAAGUUUGUGGAUCUGGGGGCACCUUUGCGAUGGAACCCCAACAAGGGGAAGAAAUGGAAAGAAAAAGAAGCCAGUAGGUUUUCUGCAGGUAGCAGGGUCUUCAGAAGCAAGUUGGAGAACUGGAAAGCCAAGCCUCCCCCCGCGGCUCAGGCCACUCCUCGCUCUCCUUGCAUGCCUUUCUCAUGGUUUACUGAAAGUCGGAAAGGAUCCUAUUCCUUCAGGAACCUGCCUUCAGUUCCGAGUCCCAUUCCGCCUUCUCCUGAGACCCUAAUUUCAGAUAAAACAGGGUCCAAGAACUUCACCUUUAAUGAUGACUUCAGUCCAAGUAGUACCAGCUCGGCAGACCUGAGUGGCUUAGGAGCAGAACCCAAGACACCAGGGCUCUCCCAGUCCCUGGCACUGUCCUCAGAUGAGAGCCUGGAUAUGAUAGAUGAUGAGAUCCUUGAUGAUGGACAAUCUCCCAAACACAGUCUGAGUCUGAAUCGGGCCAUUCAUGAGUGGAGCGUGCAGCAGGUUUCUCACUGGUUAAUGAGCCUAAACCUGGACCAGUAUGUGUCUGAAUUCAGUGCCCAGAACAUCACUGGGGAGCAGCUCCUGCAGCUGGAUGGCAAUAAACUGAAGGCUCUUGGGAUGACGUCAUCCCAGGACCGGGCACUGGUUAAAAAAAAACUGAAGGAAAUGAAGAUGUCUCUAGAGAAGGCUCGGAAGGCCCACGAGAAAAUGGAAAAACAGAGAGAAAAACUGAGGAGAAGGGAACAAGAACAAAUGCAGAGGAAGUCCAAAAAAUCAGAAAAGAUGACAUCCACGACAGAGCCCAACACUGAGCAGUAAUCCCGUGGGGAAGUUUGAGGGAAGUCCCUCCCCUUCCUGUCCCCCUUCUCCUGCAGAGAAUGAAGAAGAAACUGAUGGGGAUAAUGCCAUUGUAGGCAGUUUAAAAAAUACUGUGUGUUGGAUUCACUCCUAACUCUAACAUAAUAACCCCAAGCCACCUUUGGUUUAUUAAUUUAUUGAUUAAUUACAAACCAGAAAUCUCAUUUUUCUCUUCUACUUAGCCAACAUUCUGCGCUGUGCUGAGUGUAUCGUGCCAUAGAGAGCCAGCCUGAUCCAGCCAGUGAGAGCAGGAUUCACUCUGGCCUUGUGAGUGGACUACCCAGAGUUUGCAGGGAGAGCCCCUAAAACUGAGAUAGUAGCUAUGGCUGUUUGUGUGCAGAGGACGCCUGCCUUGAGACGAGGGAGCUGCUGUCUCCUGGGUUGCAGAUCCUAAUACAGUGUGUAAACGAGGCUCCCUUCAAUUCCGAUGUUAGAAGUCAGUCCCGUUGUGGGAAUGUGGGUGCCCAGCUCAUAAUUACCAGAUGAGAGAAAGAGCAAGUGUUGUUCCAUUUGCUGGAAUCAGAGAAAGAGAGAAAAUAGUAGUUAUUUGUUAACUCUAGAAGAAAUGAAAAAGGCUUAAGAACCCAGAUGUGGGUGUCCUAAGGGGCUUGCGGGGGGCAGGGGCAGCAUUUUCCUUCAUGAAUCGCCCAACAAAGAACAGAAUAUCAGAGCCUGGUGCAGCCAUGGGUUUUGAGACCCGCUGGUGUGUUGGCCAGCCCAGCGAGCUCAGGGUGCGGUGGCCCUGACAAACAAUACAGCCCCUCCCUCCCGACAGAUUGGACAGGAAAUUGAUUUUAAGGAAAGAAUGUUUUCAGGUUUCCUCUCUUGAGACACAUUCUGGCUGUCUUCAGCCUGCCUCUGACACAGUCAGGGACUUGUCAGGUCUUUUCUACUCAGAAUAUCCCAAGUGGGCUCAGUUAGUGUUUGAACAAAUGCACUUUUAAGAACUUAAAACUAGAAAUACUGGUUGGAGAUUGAGAUUUGAGUAACAGUCAACCAGGAACUUUUUUUUUUUUUUUUGAGCACACAAGAUUCUUUCCUGUGAAGGACAGCUGUCGGUUACAUUUCAGAGACAUUUGGAAUGACUUUUCUAAGCAAUUCUAGAGCUUCCCAGAUGUGUGUAAGGCAUGGGGUGGACGCUAGCAGUGUAAGAUCUUAUCCUUAAGUCCAGUAUUAAGGAUUCCAGUAUUUUAAGAACCCAAGCUAACUCAGGAGAGUUGGGCAGGAAGAGGAGAAAACAAGCUGGUCUUGAGACAUUUCAAACCGUGAGGGUUUUAUUUGUUUGCUUGCCUUUAGUUUUGCUUUUUGGCUUCCGUAUCUAACUCUCGCUGCUGCAUUGACCCUACAAAGCUGACGUUGCCUACUUUACAGUGAACAAAUUUCAAGUGAGGCUGGAGGCUACACGAAUCCUUGGCACCUAUUUUACUUCCUUCAUUCCACCAGGCCCUUCCGCCCACAGCCCCGUGCAUGUCUCCUCUGGAUGCACAGAGUCUGCAUCAGGCUGUAGAGUUAUCCCAGGCGUCUGUGAGGCUGCGGCUCUGCUGCCUCUGUGACCUCACUUUGAACUGUAACGUUGUGACUUUUUAUUGUUAUUUUUGAAGCAUAUAAAUUCUGAAAUUAUCUGAGCUAGAAACUUAAUCCCGUUCUUUCUCCCAGGGCCUGCUCCUUUUUCUGGCCCACAGCAUUCUUGUUAGGUUUUGGUCUUUCCGAAACAGACAUACCAGUCCUAAACAUGAUACAGAAGUAGCUGUGUGUUCGGAGUCGCCAGACCUGCUUCGUGGUUCUUGUUUGGGGUCAAGUACUGGGUGCCUGUUUAUGUCUUCGGAUGUCUGAUGCUUGGCCACUCAUUGUGGUGAGAAACCAAGAGACUCAGCAAACAUUUCCUAAGACCAGAAGACUAGCAAAAAUCAGGCAAUACUAAUGCUUGCUAUUGUAAAUUUUACCUGGUUUUCUUUUCUUUUGAGGAAAAACAAACCUGGAUUGCACUGGAAGCUUCUUUGUGUUCAUUUAUAAGAGCGAAAACAGAAGGACGGUCAUUUUCAGUCGUGUUUACACUUUGAUGAUUUGAAAUUGAAAAUGUAUAUAUUUGAAGUGUCUAUAGACUGUCUCUGCCUGUACCUUAUGAUCUGUUAUAUUGCAUUUCUUAAAUACACCAUUCUUACUGCAACUUUAUGAACACUUCAGCGCUUGGAUCCGCAUUUAUAUCAUAGUUAGAAAUCAAAUUUAUUCUCAUUACAUCAUUUAGUUUAGAUUUCGACCAUUUUGAUUUUUAAGUUAAAUUAUCACAAUCUUAGACCAAAAUGAGUUCCUUUAACGUUGCUACUAAAAACUGGUGAAAUUGUAAAAGGCUCUUGAUUCCUCUGUUGCUCAGCAAAGGAUGGGCAUAUGCUGGCUGGUGUGUGUGACAGCAAAGAGAAGGCCCUCAGAUCUUGUGAGCAAUUAUUUUCCCGUCUAGUUUUAUUAUUGACUGUGGUGCAUGAUAAUAAUUGAGUUUCCGCUGUCUUGCACAAUUCCUUCUUUAAUACUGUAGUUUUCUGGGUUUAUUCAAUUAAUUUAACAGAGAAUUGUCGCUUUGUGGACAUUAAAGAUUUUGGAAGGUUUUUAAAUGAUCAACAAAUGAACAAAAAGGGAAUGUCUGCUGACCAUGAACUAUAGUCCAAUGAAGUACUCAACAGUCACGGGAAGAGUUUUGGGGUACAGGUGAUGUUUGGGCAUGGGGAUACCUGGCGAGGCGCUGCCGUGGGUAGAAUAGGCACAUGCUCCGGGUCAGGGUUCCAGUAAAGAACACCGUGGCGUGUUGCUACGCCAAGGCCAACUCCUUUUCAGUGGUGCGCAUGCGUGUAAUCAUCCCCUUCCUCCCCGAAGUCAAGGGAGUUCUGUUAGAGUGGGAGCCAUGCUUUAUCCACUGCAGGGCUCCGCCUUCACCACCAUGACCUCAAAGCUCUUCUCAGGGGCUCUGUCGCCCUUGAGCUGGCGUUCACACGGACUUCCCACUUGCCACCUAGUGUAGACUUUUAAAACACCACAGCAGUUUGACUCCAGUAUGACAGGAGCUGAUGCCAAACCCAGCUUCCAACAGGCACCAAGCGGGCAUACCUACCUUGUGUUCCUUUGUUUUAGGAAAUGAAGUGGCAGAGAAGUGGGGACUCCUGCCGCUCUCCACGCCAGAGGGUAUGUACCUGAGAAUCGUGAACACCUCAGGCCUAAGCUGCAAGAAUGCCCACAGCUCGGAGUUAGCCCGAGUCUCUAUGGGCUGUACUGAAGAUAAAAAAUUCUCAACUAGGAUCUUUGUCCAAUAGGAUUAACUUGUGCCUGAAAAGUAUAUAAGAAGUAGACAAAUGCAUUUAUACAGCUGUUCUAAGUCGUUUAUAAACUUGAAAGGUGAGAGAAAUUUGAGGAGGGCCAUCAACAUUUAGCAAGGAUGUUUGCGAUGAUUCUGGAAGAGGGGAGGACAGAUGAUUCGAAAAGAAACUUCUAUCCAUUGGAUGCACAUUUCCCUCUUGUGUUUCAGAAUUAACACGGAGCUGGUGAUAAGAAAGAUCUCACUCUGGGGGCCAGGCAAGUCACAGGCUUCCACACUAAGACAACCUGAAUGAAAAGUAGUUAGGGAACGGCAGAACUGACUUUUGUGUGUUUUCUUACUUAUGAGUCAGGGUUACCUGUGUCCAGUUCUAAAGGUGAGCUUGUGCAGGUGAAGCCCAGGAGUAAAGCAUCCAUGCUUUCUUCCAAAGUCGUCCUCGUUGUGAUAGGACAGAGAAGGGGACAGACUCAAUAGAAAACAGCAUUGCAGGAAAUCUGUCUCACUGAUUCGGCCCUUAAUGUGGGACCAAGUGUGCCGGCUGUCUUUGUUUGCAUUUGUCUGGAAUAUUUAAAGUCCCAUGAAAUUUAGUUUUGAGCUACAACAUCAGAGGAGGGGAGCAGGGAUAACACCAGAGAAAACACGUUUUCAUGACUUGGAAAAAGUUAGGCUGAGCAGCUAGAGGAAAAGGGAAAAGCCUACACAGUUAACUGCCCGGCUAAGUGACGGCAGUUCCAUCAUGGGAGGCCUAGGGUCCUGUCACCUGUUUGGGCAAGGCUGUCUGUGUGGGAUUGUCGGCGAAUGUUACUGAAGACUCACACAUGUAAGCACCUGGACCUGUUUCUGUAUCCUCAGAGUAGGGAGCGAGAGAGACUCCAUGCUUCCUAGCCCUGACCCCAUCAACCUCAGACCAUUAGGGAUCCAGCAUCGUGCAAGACAUAAGGAAUAAGAGAGCGAGCCACAAAUUCUGAGCUGUGUGCAUGCCACUUGUAGGUGUCAGAACCGUGUGACUAUGUCCCCACUCUUACACACACAUAUAUACCAUAAGCACGUGGCAUAAAAAUACACUAUCCAUGGACUACAGUGAUGAUAGUUAGGACCCUGGGCUGCAAUCAUAGCCUUAUCUCCACUUCUUGUGUUGUGUAAACAUUGAAUGGCUCGUAGCUUUUAAGAAGUUUUUUUAUUUUAAUGUAAGUAUCCUACUAAAUGCACUUACGCUUCUAAAUGUUUAUAUAUUUUGGUAAAACUGAUUUAUUAGAUCUUUGGUAUCAUAUUUUAGUAAGAUAAAUUUUCCUCAAAGGUUUGGUUAAUGCUUUGAUGUCCAGAUUGCACUUUUUUUAGAGUUAGGAAUCAGAAGAUAUGCAGCUUUGGGCAUUUCCCAUUGCAGACCACAGCUUCCUUGCUAGAAAUUGCACUGUGUGUUCCUGGGUGUCAGCUCUCUCUCCUCUAUGAUGAGGUCUGCAGUAGCCUUGAUGCUUAUGUCACUAACUACUGGCUCUCUGGUGACAAGUACUUCUGUCAUGUGACCACUAUUUACUUCCUAUGCCAUCAGCCUGCAAUGGCAUUUUGGUUGCCAUCAAAAUAACACAAUGAGCUAUGAGUAUAUGUCUUUGGAAGGCAUGUACAUCCAUUACCUUCAGCUGUUUGAUGCACACAUAAAUUUCUUGCUAAGGAUUUAAGUAUUCAUUCAUGAAAUAAUAAUUAGCAAAAAAAAACCUUAAAUUAUCUUUACAAAAAAAUCAGCUAGAUAACACCUCCAAAGUGAUUGUCAUGCUAAAUAACACCUCCCAGCAACAUUAGGUUCAAACAGCGAUUAAUAAAAUCUCUAAGUGUGUGUACUAUACCCUCCCCAGUAUUAUUUAAUGUCAUAACUACUGAUUCUGCAUUUUUUCAAUGAUGUUUUGAUGAAGCCACUCGUACAUCUACUACAUAUCACUGACAAGACUAGGCAGCUGGAAACCAGAAGGAGCAUAAAAUUGGUGUCACGUAAGAUGCUAUUUGUUUUGAUCUUUCGCUAUAUAUUGCUAAAGGGAAAGAAGUGGUUUGCAAACCAUUUGAGUCUGGUGAGUAUGGGUAGCAUAAUACCUGAAAUGUUAAUUUGUAUGUUCUGCGGUCUGAUUGUUUGCAUGGAAGAGACAAUAGUGCCACAUCUGAUCUAUUCUCUGGUGCUUGGUUAGUGUCUGCUGUUUCAAAUGCCAUUCCUUACUCUUUGUUUUCAGAGGCAUUCAAAGCAAACUAUAUAUAAGUGGCCCAUUGUUUUCUGACCAUCUGAAAAAUAUACCUGUGAUUAAAUUUAAUUUGUUAGUGUAAAUAUAUUUCUUGCCAAUGAGUAUUAUUGUUAUUAGAUAAUGAAUGCAAUAAAAGGAAAUACAGUCA